AAAUAAAAAAACUCGACUGAAUUUCUCGCCGAAGCCCUUAGAAUUUGUCGUGCCGGCCCUGAAAGGAAGAACACGGAGGCCCAGAUUUCCCUUCUUUUGAAUAGAACAAAACAAUCAGUCAAGUUUGCACGAAUACAAUCACGAUCUCAAACUUUCUCUCCACAUUUUAUCAAAAACCAAACGGAGAUUGUGACAAGAGGGGCAAUGAGUUCCGUUCAUGUUUGCCUCAACAAUCCACUAUCCCCGUCGAGGACCCUCCGCCGCUCGUUCAGUCUACACAGAGAAACGCCAUCGUUGCUCGGAAUCGGCAACGGGCGCAGGACGUUGCACGCGAUCGCAUGUCUGAACGUGGAGGUGGAAGCAACGGAUAGUAAUGCGGGGAAGCCUGGGCUUCUGAAGAGCAAGGAGGUGAUGGAGACGGAGGCCAGGGUUCUGGUGGGGACGUACGCGAGAGCACCGGUUGUGCUUGCCAGUGGCAAGGGCUGUAAAUUGUACGACGUCGAGGGGCGAGAGUAUCUGGACAUGAGUGCCGGGAUCGCGGUGAAUGCGCUAGGGCAUGGGGAUGAGGAUUGGUUGAAGGCCGUGGUUGAGCAGGCCACUACCCUCACUCAUGUCAGCAAUAUGUAUUAUUCCCUCCCUCAGGUAGAGCUUGCCAAGCGUCUAGUAGCUUCUUCUUUUGCUGAUCGUGUGUUUUUCUCAAAUUCUGGAACGGAAGCAAAUGAGGCUGCUAUUAAAUUUUCCAGGAAGUUUCAAAGAUACACACAUCCCGAUGCCAAAGAGCCUGCAACCGAGUUCAUAUCUUUCACUAAUUCCUUCCAUGGUCGGACCAUGGGUGCUCUUGCUUUGACAAGCAAAGAGCAUUACAGAUCACCUUUUGAACCUGUCAUGCCUGGAGUCACUUUUUUGGAGUAUGGAAAUAUACAAGUUACAAAAGAAUUGAUUCAGCAAGGAAGAACUGCAGCAGUUUUUGUGGAACCUAUCCAGGGUGAAGGGGGUAUAUACAGUGCAACAAAGGAGUUCUUACAAUUUUUGCGUAGUGCUUGUGAUGAUGCUGGGACUUUGUUGGUCUUUGAUGAGGUACAAUGUGGAUUAGGUCGAACUGGAUACCUCUGGGCCCAUGAAGCCUAUGGUGUAUUCCCAGAUAUAAUGACACUUGCCAAGCCUCUUGCCGGAGGGCUACCCAUUGGAGCUGUAUUAGUGACAGAAAGAGUUGCUUCUGCCAUGAAUUAUGGAGAUCAUGGGAGCACAUUUGCUGGUGGGCCUCUUGUCUGUAAUGCUGCUCUUGCUGUAGUAGAUAAAAUCUCAAAUCCUAGUUUCUUAGCCAGUGUCUCUAAGAAGGGCCUUUACUUGAAAGAAAUUUUAAAGCAGAAGAUUGGAGGAAGCUCACAUGUGAGAGAAAUACGUGGACUGGGGCUUAUUAUCGGAAUCGAGUUGGAUGUAUCUGCCAGCCCCCUUGUUGAUGCAUGCCGAAAUGCUGGCCUUCUUGUAUUAACAGCUGGAAAAGGAAAUGUUGUUAGGCUUGUGCCUCCAUUGAUCAUAACAGAGCAGGAGCUUGAUCAUGCAGCUGAAAUUUUGUACCAGGCUUUGCCGGUACUUGAUCAGCACAAUUCAGACUAGAAAAAAAGAAAGAUGGAUUGUUUGGUUGUAUUAUUAGGUAAUGAAUGACGCUUGCAUAAGAAAAUAUGUGGCCGCUUGCCUUCAAUAAAUUAUGCUACUGUACUUCCUCCUUCCGCACCGGCCACGAGAUGGAGUAAAAGUUUUAUACUUAUAAGCGCUCUGCCUCUUCUUUCGAGCGCUAAUUGUUUCAAAGUUGUGGGUUGGUGGGUCUUGUAUAUUUACUGCCCUUCUCUCUCUC